GAUGCCAUUAUCUUUGCACUGGCCAAUAGCGGUACGAGCAUUUUUGCUGGCUUUCUCAUCUUCACCAUAUUAGGGCAUAUGGCGUUUUUACAGCAGACCACUGUGGACAAGGUGGCAGCCUCAGGGCCGGGACUAGCCUUUAUAGCCUACCCGAAGGCUGUGUCACUCAUGCCUGGUGCGCCUGUGUGGUCAGUUCUGUUCUUUCUUAUGGUCAUCCUGCUGGGUCUGGACAGUCAGUUCGUGGGCGUGGAAGGCGUAGUGACCGCUAUAGUGGACCAAUUUCCUAACUACCUGAGGAAAGGUUACAGGAAAGAGAUCUUCAUUGGUUUUGUGUGUUUUCUAUCUUACCUCGUGGGGCUCACCAUGGUAACGGAGGGAGGAAUGUACGUGUUCCAGUUGUUUGACUACUAUUCCGGCAGUAGGAUCAUCCUGUUUGUCGCCUUCUUCGAGUGUGUAGGCAUUGCCUGGAUAUACGGAAUUAGACGUUUCUAUGACAACUUAGAGAUGAUGAUGGGAUAUAGAAUCAAUCCUUUCAUGGCGAUAUGUUGGACAGUGCUGUCUCCUAUCUUCUGUAUGACUAUAUUCGUGAUGAGUGCCAUUAACUAUGCCGAGCUGGACUACCGUCGACCGGACUCUACGUAUGUGUAUCCACAGUGGGCAGUGGGCAUCGGCUGGACAAUGGCUGGUUUCUCUGCUAUCUGGAUACCGCUGACCGCCAUAUUCAAGUUAUUCUACUACAGCAGAGAUCGUCCUCUAGCAGAGGUGGCGCGACGGAUGUUGACGCCGUGUGGACUGCGACCCCAUCAGUUCCGCCCUCAGGAUGUAGGACAACCAAGCCUGGUUGAAUACUGGACCGAGAAGGACCUCCGUACAUUGGAAGGGAGACAAGCGGUUCCCAAAUCCAAAGAAGUACCCAUGCAAAACAUUGACCAGAAACCAGACCUCACCUUCAACGGCAGUUCUCAGGGACAACAAAACCCAACCUUCUCCGACGAGAGGGGCGCAACGUUCACCAAACUGUAGUCUAUAGGAUCAUAGCUCCAUAUCAUAGUAGGAUGUAGAUUUCACCGGCAAGAGAAGCAACGUCCCUGUAUGAAACAGUGUGUACAAGCUUACAGCUUGUUAUCAGAAAGGCUGGAGAACUACACUGACCCAAUGGUCUGCCAAUACAGCUAGUAUUUCUGACCAAGUUAUAUAGUAUUAACAUUGAACACAUACAUUGAACGAAAGAGAAAAGAACAAAAAUGAUAAAAAGAUUGUGACUGAAGGUAUAUGAUAAGUUUUAACGAUUGUAGAAUUAAAGGUCUAUGUGACAGGCUUGAAACGACUGGGGAAAUAAUAGGGGGGGGGGGGGGGG